AUGGGGCAAGACGAUCCUGAUGAGAGGCUGGUUUAUCUAGCAUGCCAGCAUAUCUUCCGUGGCUCCUAUUCCCACGUCCGAAAACCAAAAGUUAUUAGGAGCUUAAUUCAAGAAAAUAAGCCCUCCCUCGCAGGUAUUCUGCGAGAAUACACUAUCAAGCGGACCAGCAACGUCGCCAAAAAGUUGCUUGAGGAUCAAGUUUUUGACGAUACUUUGAAAGCCAAGAUACGAUUCCCGGAAUUGUUUGACGUAUCACCAAAUCAAAGCGCCGAAAGAGAAGUUUCGGAAGCAGAAGCGGCGAAAGUUGAAGCAAGUGCGGUAAAAGAAAUCACCGAAAGGGAAGUCUCAAGAGAUAUCCACAUCGUUUCUGAGGCAAAAUCAGACGAUGAGGGGUAUAGGGAAUUAGAUAAAUUUCACCCGGUGCGAUAUCGAGGUAUCAAUAAAGCUAUUCCGUCGCUUUAUCCAGUUUACACGCAGUAUCGAUGUCAACAUCUUAUCACAACCACGAUACAACAAUUGCUCGAAGAGAGUUGUUUUGAGUUCGCUCAGCAACAUUUUCCUCACCUCUUGGCAAUAAACGGCUGGGACUGCGCCGAGGCAGUAGAACUGACCGAAUGGACCAAGCUACUUUCCCAACAUCCUCCACAGCCGUCCGACGGUAUAAAUAAACCAAUCAACGAAUUGUUUGGCCAUGUUCGUGAAUUAAGACACUCAGCAGUCCACCGGCUUCGAAAGACUGCAAAUGGUGUCGAACGACUUGCCGAAAACGCGCAGCUUUUUCUUGAAACUUUGGAUGAUGUUUUUCGUUCAGAAAAGGUAUCUGUACUUCGAAGAGAGCUAAAAUGCGCAAUUGAAGAGAUCAAGUGCAAAAAAGACCUCUUAGAACGGAGACUAAGCACACAAUUCAAGGAAAUCCAAGAAAAGCGAGCCGAAUUAGAUAUGUGUGAAAAAGAUGCAAUUGAAUCUAUGAGUCGCGACGACCAACAAAAUCAGAAAGAUAUCGGUGAACAGCUAGAAGGCGUCGUUCGAAAUUUGAAGUCAAAUGAAACACAUGAUGAGAAAGGAAAAGGAAAGUUGUCUUCUAUAAAGCUGGAUUUGUACGAAUCAGAAGACGAGUUCCCCGGGGUGGACCUCACAACCUAA